AUGUGGUGCUCAGAAGGCUCAAAGCGCAACAGCCGGUUGCAAUCGCUCGUCUUUGUUCAAAGGGUCCAGGAAGGCAGGCAACCAGCGCAUGUCGCAAUAGCAACGGCAACGGUAGCAGAGCAGCCAGCGCGCGUGUCCUUCCUGCUCUUUCCUCCACCUGUCUUUGCGUCUGGUGUGUGUGCCGUGCUGGACAAAAAAAAAGUGUUGCUCUUUCUCGUGCAGCAUUUCACCAUUUUCUUCCCGAUUGGAUUCUUCAGAGUGACGCGGCAGCACACGGCUCUCACGCGUGACAUCCGACGACUCAGCCGCAACGACCAGACGCAGCCAGACAGGGUCUAA